AUGGCAUCUACAAAAAAAAAUUUGUUGUCCCGACCCCGUAAGAAACCCAUCAUUCUAUCGCUAUAUGGUCUUCUUGCCAAAUCGGCUAUAGCGAGUUCGACGAUUACUGACGGGUACUCGGUUCAACUUCGACCGGAUUUAUGGCUACACUGGAUUGUGUCGGUAGAGCGUGACGAAUUACGCACGGUUCUAGAAUAUGAUGGGGAAGCGUGGAUUGGUCUUGGGCUCUCUAAAUUUGGGAAAAUGGUUGGAUCGACGGCUAUUGUGGGCUUGCCAGACCAAAACGAAGUAACUUACAACCACGUCGAACACCAAAAGGAUGUGAGUGGAUUACGCCGGGAAUCGGCUAACGUGCUUCACAAUCUAUCGUUGAUACAAAGUGAUGGAGAAACUGCCUUGUCUUUUACGUGGAAACUGCUCCCUACCUCUUCUAUCAGGGAAGGCGGUCCGGUGACGUUCAUCUAUGCUGUGGGCGCAAAUAACGAGCUUGGGUAUCAUCGACACCGUGGGGCCUUUACUAUUGAUCUCCAAAAUUGCGACGAGCAGUUGCCAAAACUACAAAUUCCGUCAAUCGAUAAAGAACACAAACUUGCGUUUGCCUUACAUGGCUUCUUCGCCUCGCUCGCUCUCGGGAUUGCGGUCCCCGUAGCGGUAGCGAGUGCGUGGUUAAGAAAGUUGAUCCCCCGUCAGUGGAUGUACCUGCACGUGUCGGGGCAGAUGAUUGCAUUCAUCUUCCUGUGCAUCUCUCUGGCUUCUGUAGUAUCGGGUAUUGUACUAAAGAAGUCAUCCCAUUUCCGACACGGGCAUCAUUGGACAGGGAUAUUUCUUUUGAGCAUUUUUGCUUUUCAAGGAAUAAACGGAUUCAGGCGACCGCCUUUACAUCAAGUGGCCAAGAUGACCGAUAAUCUUCACGCCAUACACGGGAAUUUGGAUGGCGCUGACGAUGUUGUAAAUGUGGCAGCGUGGUGGCUCGUUACGCUGCCCCGCACGAACCGUGAGAAAUGGCUGUUGAUGCACCGUGCGUUAGCAGUGUUUGUAAUCUCGUUGGGCAUUAUACAGCUUCGGAGCGGAAUUCUAUUGUAUUCGCGUGAGUACGAAAAUGCGGCUAUUGAUCUUUUGAUCGUUUUCAGGGGAUACUGCAUCUUUCUUGUCUUUGUCGCUGUAAGCCUCUAUGCCACGCAAUAUGUGAAUCUGCAGAAAAAUACAAUAGGCUACGAUGGUCGCAUCGCGUCUGCUUGGCGUCGAGAUCAGUUUCCUCAAACGACUGCAAAUUGUAGGUUCGAUACAAAAGAUGAAUGCUUAGAUGGAGAACAGAGCUUGAUGGAGACAUCAGUGAUGAGGAUUAACUUGAUUUGAACUGGAGUG